UUUGAAAAACGAAACUGACGACUCGGAGUUUCCCGAGAAAACCUCCACCGGAUAGGAACCGUCUGUCCACGGUAUUUAAGAAGUCAGCAGCUGGGAUAGAGUGAGACUUUCCCACACGGCUUUUGUUCCUGAAGCGGACACUCAGAGCCAUCAUCUCGCAUCACGUUUCAGACUUUUGAGCGUGGAAAGCCGUCACUUCAGAAAUGCCACAUUCUAAACCGCUUCUCAUCCCGUGGCUGCGGGCCCACAUCGACAGCGGCAAGUACCCCGGUGUCCAGUGGACGAACCCUGAGAGGACAGAGUUCUCCAUCCCGUGGAAACAUGGAUUAAGAGAGGACUCGACGGACACUGACAUCCUCAUCUUUAAGGCCUGGGCAGAGGUGAGCGGCAAUGGGCGGGCUCAGGGGGACGCCUCAGUGUGGAAGAGGAACUUCCGCAGCGCCCUCCGAGUCAAAGGCUUCAAACUGGUCACCGACAAAAAGAACGAUGACGCUAACCCCCAUAAAGUGUUUCACUGGCCGGAUGAGUCGACAUCAGAAGCCAACUCUUCUGCUGGAUCCCAGGAGCAUGAUGACUUGUUUGAGGAUAUUGGCCUUCCUAGACAAGAAAGCCAGUUUGUCUCCUGCUUUGACGAAUGUCUUUAUCUUCCAGAAGAAACUGUCUUUUCAGAAUCCACUGCCAACCAGGAUAUUCUCCAGCAGUGUCUAAAGGGAUUAAACAUUGGCCCUGAAACAGAGGGCACUGCAGGCUUUGAGCCUCCUCCUGAGCAACAGCAGCUGCAAAACGAGGUUGUGAUUGGUGGAAGCACGUUGCCUGGGCAACAGCAGUAUCCAGUAACGUUUGAGGGUGCAGUCGGUGAAGCUGAGUUGCCUGAGCAACCAGCACAUCCAAUGGAGGGAGCCAUGGGAGGGGCCUGUGGUGGGCAGUUGGCAGAGCAGUUCCUACAUACCAUGAACAAGACCAGUGAUGGAGAUAAUUUCAAGACUGAAUUCAAGAUAACGGUGUUCUACAGAGGGGUGAAGGUGAUGGAGCAGCUGGUUGGGAAUGAAGCUGGGAUCCGCUUAGUCUACAGCCCUGAACUCAUUGGAACGGUUUUGGAUCCCGAAUCAGGCCUCACUGUGGUUUCUCUGCCAAGUCCUGGAGUCAUGCUGGACCAAACUCAAGCUAAACUGACCCAGUGCAUCCUGGACAAGCUGGGCGACGGUUUGGACUUGGGGGUAUCAGGCCAUGUGAUCUACGGCCAGCGACAUGGUGAAAUCAAAGCAUUUUGGAGCUUCUCCAAGUUUGACAGGAGCAGACAGCCCCAAGAGAUUUCUAAACUGCAUCCUGAACCGCUGUACCUGUUCAAGGACUUUUUACGAGGAAUAUUGGACUUCAUUGAUGGCAGAGACUGCCCUCCCUGCUCCCUGUUCUUCUGCCUCGGGGAGAAGUGGCCUGACCCAGACAACAAGCCUUGGGAGAAGAAACUCGUCACUGUGGAGGUUGUCCUGACUUCAAUGGAGUUACUGAAGAAUAUGGCUGUUGAAGGCGGUGCCUCCUCUCUGCAGUCUGUGGAGCUGCAGAUGUCACUUGAAGAGAUGAUGGAGAUGUACUGACACACUUUGCUGCAUCUUAAGAGGCUCGUUGUUUACCCCUUGACAGUAGAAAAAAAACCCCAAAAAACCUUGACAGACGAAUCUCAUAAAUAAUCAUGUUUACGUUAUUCCUCAUAUCUUCAUUCUCCACCAAACAGAACAGAACAAGAAAUAAUAAUGGUUUUAUAAAUUUCUCAGGUGUUUAAUUUCCCGUUUCUGCAUAAAGGACCAAAGCAAAAAUAUUAAUUUUAAACUUACAUUUUGAUAUUUCACAUAAAAUAAUGAGACUAUGAACAGAGUGAUUUGACAGGGUCUUUCUUAUGCCAGUAUAAAUACUACUGAUACUGUUUCUGGGCUAAAUAAGCUCUGCCUUUCAGCAUUAAACUGCAACUAUUUUCACUCAUUUUUCAUUCUACUCUUGCAAAUAAUGCGUUUGUGUUGAUCUAAGUGCACUCAAUGUGCAACGCCAUCUGGAGGCUGUCAGCCAUCCUUAAUGACCUUAUUUGUUCAUUUGUUUGCAUUAAUUAAUGCUAAUGUGUCAGAAUAAAAGUGGUAAUUGCAAAAAUUCCCACAUACAGCCAUUUAUAAUCAGAUAAAGAAGUUUAAUAAAGACCCACUUGUCAAAACUGAAAUAAAUACUAUAAUGAAUAUACUUUAACAACACUUAAAACCUCCAACAAACAAAAAUAAUAGCAAAGCCUUGAGAUCAUGUCAGAUUUAACAGUGCAGAUGUGAUCAGAAUAUCUGGAAUCAGUCCAAAUGUUUCUGCACCUGAGCACAACCUGAGACAUUCAUGUACCGCAACACACACUGUAUACAACAAAGUAAAUAUGCUGUGCAGAUGUUUAUUUCAUCUUAUUAUUAUUAUUUUUUUUUUUUUAAAGGUCACGGCUAGCCAAUGAGUACGUGUAACAGAUAUCAGCCUAUCCUGACUUUACUCUGAAGCAGCUCUACAGAAUUAAACUCUACAUUGAAAUAUGCGUAAUAUCAGUACAAACAAUGAGAUUUUUGAGGAUAUUAUCAUGUUAUUACCAUGAAAUCAGUUCCUUCUUAAUAUCCACUAUCAAUUCAGAGUUUUAAUCUUAACUCAAACAAGUGUGACCUUAUGGCUGCUCUAAAUUAUUAGUAUGAAUCCAAAGAAGAAGUAAAAAUUAGCUCCUUAUAUUUCUUUCUUUAAGUAAUUCAGUCUCUGAAUGCCUGACUGGUGGAGAACUAUGCACUGUGCACUUUAGAAUUGGAGUAUUUACAAAAGUGAAACUGAUCAGUUGAAUGAAUUUGACAUGUUUCAGUUCUUCUCUCCUUCCUCUGCUUCUCCGUCAUCCUCUGACCCAGACUCCCUCUGUUCUGUGAGGGAAUUCUCCCUCAGUCCCGACAUUGGGACCAGCUUCCCCUCUGAAUCCACUCCCAUCGGCUGGAUAAUGUUACCUCUGCAAAACAAGUGAAUGGUACAAAAUAUGGACUAUUUAUUACUCAACAUUAACAUUCUUGUUACUGUUUUCAUUUAUUCUUUGUUCGCUGUGAGGGUUUUUUUUUUGUUGAUGUUGUGAAAACUGGUACAAAUAAACAAUCUCAGUGAUAGAAAUCUUAAUGAUAAGA